CAUCAAUUCAAUCUUAUAUUUUUAACUUUCCCAAGUCAACGGAAACUCGAUCUCGAUCCCAAUCAAAAUGGAUUUUCUUCAUCAAACUUGAGCUAGCUGGCGAACAAAAGUUGAACGGCAUGCUCCUACACAACCAAGAUGCCUACAGAAGCAAAGUUUUCUUCAACUAUGAGAAGCGCCUACAGUUGCAUAGUCCACCCGAAAAGGUUUUUGAAUACUUUGCAUCUUGUCGUACUCCAGAAGGAGAACUACUAAUGAAGCCUGUGGACCUAAUGCGAGCAGUUGUUCCUGUUUUCCCUCCAUCAGAAUCCAAACUUGUAAGAGAGGGAUACUUGAAUGGUGAAAGAAGUCCUGGCCAUUUAUUCUGUCUCCCUUCAGAAUUUUUUAUGCUUUUUGAUGUAGACAACGACGGACUUAUAUCUUUCAAAGAGCAUAUCUUUUUUGUAACUCUGCUUAGCAUCCAAGAAUCAAGUUUUUCUGCGGCAUUUAGGAUGUUUGACAAGGAUAAUGACGGGGAGAUAGAUAAGGAAGAAUUCAAGAAAGUUAUGCAAUCAAUGCGAUCUCAUACCAGACAAGGUGUUCAACACAGGGAUGGACGACGAACUGGCCUAAGGGCCAAUGCUUCUGUAGAAAAUGGAGGGCUGAUGGAAUACUUAUUUGGUAAAGAUGGAAACGGACGCCUCACACACGAUAAAUUUGUGCGGUUUAUAAGAGACUUGCAUGAUGAAAUUGUGAGGCUGGAGUUUGCUCAUUAUGAUUACAAAUCUCGAAAAACUAUACCGGCCAAGGACUUUGCACACUCCAUUGUUGCUUCUGCCGACUUGAGUCAUCUGGGCAGGUUGCUUGAACGGGUUGAUGAAUUGAGCAAUGAUCCACGGUUUAGGGAUGUACGCAUAACAUUUGACGAGUUCAAAAAUUUUGCAGAGCUGAGGAAAAAAUUAUCACCAUUUUCAUCAGGCAUUUUCAGUUUUGCAGAAGUACAAGGCCUGUUAACAAGAGAUGAUUUUCAGCGAGCUGCAUCACAUGUUUGUGGCUUAUCUCUCUCAGACAAUGUGGUUGAGAUUGUUUUCCAUUUGUUUGAUGCAAAUGAGGAUGGAAAUCUGAGUACGGAGGAGUUUGUUAGUGUGCUACAACAUAGAGAAAGAGACAUUGCUCAACCUGUGGAAACAGGAAUCAUGGGUUUCUUGUCAUGCUGCUGGAAAUUUGCGCACUGUCAUCAUACCUCAGCUGGGGUUCAAUUUAAUGAUAUUUGUUUUCGGAAAAUUCCAGUGACCACUGAUUUUCAUCGAUCUUAAAAUGGUUUGCUUUGGAAUGUGUAUGCAUGUAACGCUACUACCAGGCUAUCUUCAACCAAAACGACAACCAUUACAAUUGUCGGAUUAUAUAGUCUCGUUAUUGAAGAGUCAAUUCAAGGUAAACAACUAUUGACCAAGAAAAAAAAAAGUACUAACCGGGGAAUUAUAGUGCACGCGGGUCACAAAAAAGAAGGAAAAAGAAAACAAGAUCAGGUGCCUAAGUAGUAACUUCCUAAACUCAACUAACACUUUUACAAUAGAACAUUCAUAGAAUUUAAAGCUCCGUUUAACUUAACUUACUUAACAGUGUGUUUUAAUUGCUCCAUAAACAUUUUAGAUUAUUUUGCAUGUGCAAAAUUGUACUUCUCAGCCUUUCACCAAGGUGGGUGGUAAAC